AUGUGAGUUGAAACCCUAAAAUGAGAUACGGCUAAUAGGAAUGGCGAAGUGGAGAAACAACACUUGCUAAAAGAACAUCAAAGUGAUCCUCCUCUUGGAGCUUUCUUAGCAAGAGUUGUUUUCCCUCUUCUCAUCUCCGUCUAUGUGCCACUGUCGAUCCAUCGGUCUUCCAUCUGCUGAGGGUUAAUCUGCCUCACUGAUCAGGAUGAUUUUUAUCACCUCUAGAUUGAGCUUUGACGGAGGAAAAUUAUAUAAAGGCCAUGUAAUAAAGCAUGUGUGUGAAAACGUUGAUGCACUCGACUAAUUUUAUAUACACUUGAGAGUAAGAAGAACCGGGAUAGGGUGAUGGCAGUUGCAAAGCUACAGGUCUCUGUUCGUCCUUUUAGCCGUUCUUUUGUCUCUUCAGCAAGAAUGCUUGAAGAAUCCAUUAGAGCUGUGGUGGAAGCUAAAAGAUAUGAACAAAUUCCUGAUAUUCUAACCUCUUCUGAAGGAUCUCACCACAAUCCGAAUCCCUUUUCAUUUUUAUCCACUUUCCCUGAGAACACAAGUGUCAAAAUUGUUGACGAAAUUUUACAGUCUUUUACUCCAAUCAGGCCUCGUUCUCGCCCUCAAAUUGCAUAUUCCUCUCUCCUUUCUUACAGUCUCCAAAGCUCAAAUCCUCUUCCACUUGCUCUUGCCAUUCUCCAGCGUACCCUUCGCUCUGGCUGCAUUCCGGUACCUCAAACUCACCUCCUACUCUCCACUGCAUGGAUUGAACGUCGGAGUAAAUCCCAUUCUGUUUCAAGCAUAUUGUUGGAAAUGCAGGAUAUUGGAUAUGCACCUGAUGGUGGCACUUGCAAUUACCUGAUCUCAUCGCUUUGUAAGGUUGAUAAGAUAGAUGAAGCAGUUAAUGUAUUGAAGGGCAUAGGUCGUGCUGGUUGUAGUCCAGAUUUGGAUUGUUACGGUUCUUUAAUUGACAGUUUGUCCGAGCUAAGAAUAACGUCUUCUAUCAUAGAUACAUUGAAUGAAAUGGUUGCGAUAGUUGGCUUGAGCCCCAGAAAAGAAACUUUGGUGAAAGCUUUGACAGCAUUACGGGCUAACAAAGAGAUAUGGAGAGCAAUUGAAGUAAUUGAGCUUUUAACAAAUGAGGGUGUGCAUGUUGGGUUCGAGUGCUACGAGUUGGUCCUUGAAGGGUGCUUAGAGAACCGCCAGUUUAUUUUGGCUGGAAAAUUUGUGAUAGAAAUGACCAAGAGAGGCUUUAUACCAUACAUAAGGUCAAGGCAAAAGGUUGUUGAAGGCCUGACAAGUAUUGGUGAAUGGGAACUUGCCAAUGCCGUGAGGCAGAGAUUUGCAGAACUAAGGUCGUAGUUUCAUGCAUACAUGUGAAUUAAGCUUUAUAGAAAGGGAUCAAGAUCAUCAUCCAUGUUGAAGGUAUGACUGUAAUUUCAGCACCUCCGUUGGGAGUCCUCUCAGAACCUAGGGACUGUGUAUCACCUUCUUGUUCUUCCUAUUUCCUUCCCAAAUCUGUAGUAAUAUCUCAAAAGGUUGAUGGGUGUCCCAGGCAUGGCCAAUUUGAUGCCAGCAAAAUUCACUCGAGCAUUAAUUGUUGAGAGAGAAUUAUCAAAUGUUUUGUUUUACAGCAGGGAGAUUUGGCUGAAAAGAGGCUUUCAGCAGACCACUGGCCUGAAUAUUAUGAUACAAGGCAUGGAAGAUUCAUUGGCAAGCAAGCUCGAUUGUGUCAGACAUGGAAAAUUGCUGGAUACUUGACCUCAAAGAUGCUGUUGGAAAAUCCAGACAUGGCAUCCAAGUUAUUCUGGAACGAGGAUUAUGAGCUCCUUGAGAAUUGUGUUUGCACACUAAGAGUGAAUGGUCGCAGGAAAUGUUUGAGCUUUGCUGCUAGAUCUCAAGUAGGUCUCUAAAUGUGUCCCCGUUUGUGCAAAUGUUACCUUCAAAUUAAAGGCAUUUUCUUGUUCGAAAUUUAACCUUUACUGGCUUAACAGACAGUUUGUGUUCUCUGCAAAAUAAAUUGUUAAAGGUUGUGUUGUAGUA